GCGGUGUUUGGUGAAGCUCGUUGUUUUACGAAAUUUAACGGACUGGAAUUUCGGCAUGCAUUUAUUACUUCAUACCGAAACCCUAUUAUCAGAGCUACCAUAUACUUUUUUUUGUGCAGGUUAUGCAUGAGUUUUUGACAUUCAAGAUACAGACUCUAAAGUAUUUUUAAUAAAAGCAAUUGUAAAAAUCAAACUCCAGCUCGUCGGCGUUCCAAACUGUUGUUGGUUCUAUAAUGAAGUCAAAACAUUCAGUAGCCGCCCUGAAAAAAGUCAAGAAAAAUGUGAAAAAACACUUUAAUGACCAAGAUGCUUCUGAACUUCACAAAGUAUUGUCAAAAAAACUGUUCGGGAAUUUAGUAGAGAUAUUUGAUCUAAUAUCUUAUCCUUGUGAACAAGUACCAAAUGAAGAUACAGAUCUAAAUGCAAUUACUAAUGGUUUGAUAGAAGCACUUUAUGAUGGUCCGUUAAAGGUUGAUCCUUUGGAUGUAGAAGCGAAUGAAUUACUCCAAUUACUUAGCACGCCAGUAUGGCGUAGCUUUUCUGCUGCAUACACUGAAAUAACAACGAGUCACUUUGAUAUGCCUGAAUUACCUGAAAUAACAUUUAUGAUGUCAGGUCUAGGUGGUACUUGUACAAACCUAGGAAGUCUGCUUGCUAGUAAAGCAUCUAAUUUACAUGUGGCUGACAAAAGUUUUGGAGAUGGAAUUCUGAAAGGUAAUCAAAAUGGAAUUCCCAGUGAACUAUAUAAUUCAAAAUCAAUGAUGUAUGGUGCUGGUAGUGAAAAAAUUUAUACUGACUUGAAAAAAAAUGAAGCUACACUUACUGGAGGUGGCGAUGGUCCAGCAUUACCACCUGUAGAUGGUGCUGUAAAAAUGAUUGGGAUUCAAAAGAAUCAUGGUGAAGAUUUAGGAAUCACUGUCGUUCAACAACAAUAUCUAUCUGCACACUAUGGUUUAGUGAAGGAAUUAGUAAUUAAACGAAUUUUAGCUGCUUCUCGUGUUGAACAGUUGAAUUUGUUACAUGUAGGUGAUGUAAUUCGUGAAGUGAAUGGAAUCCCAGUUGAUAAUCCUGAAGUAUUACAGAAAGUAUUAAAAAAUGCUUCUGGAAAUGUAACAAUGAAAAUUAUUCCUGGCUAUCAAUCAACUCCUAUUUCUUCACAACUCUUUAUUCGGGCUCACUUUUCAUAUGAUCCGAAAAAUGAUAAUUUAAUUCCAUGCAAAGAGGCUGGUUUAAAAUUUUCAGCUGGUUCUAUCCUCCAAGUUCUGAAACAAGAAGAUCCUUAUUGGUGGCAGGCAAGACAUCAUAAUCAAGAUGGUCGUGCUGGUCUAAUUCCGUCUGUAGUAUUACAAGAAAGACGUAAAGCCUUUAUUCAAAGUGCACCUAAUACUGAAGAGUUAACCUAUAAAAUGUUUGCUUGUGGACUUGCAAGACGUAGAAAGAAAAAGGUCACUAUACCAUUUUGUGCAAGAGAUGCUGAUAAUUAUGAUACUAAAGAUAUUGUACUUUAUGAAGAAGUUGCUAUGGUAUCAGGUUUUCAGCGUCCUGUUAUAUGCUUACUUGGAGCUCCUGGAGUUGGUCGUCGAAGUUUACGUAAUAUGCUUAUUCGUGCUAAUCGAGAAAGAUAUGCAUCAGUUAUUUCACAUACAUCAAAAGAAUUAGAUGUUGGCGAAGAGGAUGAUAAUGAAUUUAUCGUUGAAUCAAAAGCAAAAAUGGAAAUGGAUAAUUUUAAAAACAAAUAUCUCGAAUUUGGUGAAUAUGAAGACAAUUUCUAUGGUACAAAAUAUGAUAGUAUUCGAGAAGUUGUAAAAUCAGGUCGGACAUGCUUACUUGACUGUUCAGUGCAAGCUGUAUCGAAGUUAAGAAAUUCAGAAUUUAUGCCUUAUGUUAUAUUUCUCGCUGCUCCGUCGGUUAGUUGUAUGAAAGCAAUGUAUGAAUAUGGUAUGAGUAUGGGUUUUACCGAGAAGUGGAAAAGAGAUGAAUCAUUUCGUAAAACACUGGAAACAAGUACUUACAUAGAACGUGAAUACAAUUAUCUCAUGGAUUUAAUUUUGUUAUGCGAUAAUAUUGAAACAACUUUUGAACAAUUAAAUUAUCAUUUAAAUAAUUUGCUAACAGAACCACAAUGGGUCCCAGCUAAAUGGCUUUAUUGAUCGAAGACAAGAACUAAAAGAAAACGCAUCAGCUUAACAAUAAUUACUCCUUUUCUUUUUAAAUUCCCGUAUUUUAUUAAUCCUCUGCUUGUAAAUACGCAUAAUUACAAAUAUUCGUUUGACAUUAAUGAAGUGAAUAACUUUUAGCCUUACAUUUUAAUUUUUCCUUAAAAAAAUAAUCAAGGUUUGAUUUUUCACUUGACUUGAAUUAUACGUGUAGUGUUACUUUCUUUUUUUACCAGAAAAAUAUGUUUCUAAUGUAGUACGCACAUUUAAAGGUUGUAACGUUUUAAGAAAUUAAAUAUUGAAUGUAAAAAAUGUUCAUACUAUUUUAAUAGUUUCUUGUAAAUUUCUAAAUUUGACACAAUAUAAUUGAUG